AUGUCAGGUGAUGGGCAGGUGAGCGAAAGAGAGGAGGCCCACUUUCCCCUGGAUGGCUCUGAGUCCGAGGAACUAAAUGGGACAUCCUUAGGAGAAGACAACUGGACCAUUUCUCAAUUUGAUGAGAUGGGAGAGACAUCCAGCAAUCAUCAGGCAUCAGGCAAACAUGAGGGAAGCUACCAAAAGAACAGAAUGGACAUUCCUGUCCCACCUUACAAAGUGGACAACUGGGAGCGGAAGGAACCCAGAAUCCGGGCAAGAAUCUACAACUAUGGGGGACUGAAGAUGUGCAUGGACUGUGGGAAAACCUUCAAGCAGAGCUCAAGUCUGUACAGGCACCGGAGGCUCCAUACCGGAGAGAAACCCUAUAGCUGUCCAGAGUGUGGCAAAAGCUUCAGCCGGAAGUCUCACCUCAUUGCCCACGAGAGGACUCACACAGGGGAGAAACCCUACGACUGCGCAGAGUGUGGGAAAAGCUUCAGCCGGAAGUCUCACCUUACCACGCAUGAGAGAAUUCAUACGGGAGAGAAGCCCUAUAAAUGUGGGGAGUGUGGAAAAUGUUUCAGUCAGAGUUCAGCCCUUGUGGCACAUGAGAGAUCCCAUACUGGUGAGAAGCCAUUUAUAUGCCUGGACUGUGGGAAGAACUUCCAUCGGCGGUCAGGCCUUUCGGCACACGAGAGGACCCACACGGGAGAGAAACCAUAUAGAUGCACAGAGUGUGGGAAGAGUUUUAGUCAAAGCUCAGGACUUCUGGCCCACGAGAGAACCCACACAGGGGAGAAACCAUACCGGUGCACAGAGUGUGGGAAAAGCUUUUGUGAACGCACGGCUCUAGUUAGACAUUUGAGAACCCACACAGGGGAGAAACCAUAUACAUGUGCAGAGUGUGGUAAGAGCUUCAGUCAGAGCUCCGGCCUUUUGGCACAUGAGCGGACUCACACCGGAGAGAAACCAUACAAAUGCUCGGACUGCGAGAAAAGCUUCGCCCACCGCUCUGACCUUCUCAGACAUCAGAGAAUCCUGAAACGAGGAAAGCCAUACAAAUGCUCUGAGUGUGGUAAAUGUUUUGGCCGGGGCUCUGACCUCCUCCAGCAUCAGCAAAUCCACACAGGAGAGAAACCUUAUAAGUGCACUUAUUGCGGGAAGUGUUUCAGUUGGCGGUCGAACCUUAUUAAGCACAACAGAACCCACACUGGGGAAAAACCCUACAAGUGUUCAGACUGUGGGAAAAGCUUCAGCAUUAACUCUCAGCUUAUAAGGCACAAAAGGAUCCACACGGGUGAGAAGCCCUAUCAUUGUGCAGACUGUGGCCGAAGCUUCAAUCAGAUAGCGUCCCUCAUUUCUCACAGGAGGACCCACACGGGAGAGAAGCCCUAUGAAUGCUCUGAGUGUGGAAAGUUUUUUGGCACAAGGACGACUCUCAUCAUGCACAGACGGGUGCACACGGGAGAGAAACCGUAUCGGUGUGCAAACUGCGGGCAGAGCUUCAGUCAGAGGACGCAUCUGGUCAUACACGAGAGGACCCAUACUGGAGAGAGACCGUACAAGUGCUCCCAGUGCGUGAAAAACUUCACUUCCAGUUCGGACCUUAGGAAACACCAAAGGGUGCACAUUGGAGAGAAGCCAUUAAAGUGUCCGGUACUGAAAGCAUGA